ACACAGCAGCACACUCCACAUUCUGCAUACGCAAAUAUGUCCUUACAGUGGGUUCCAGUUCGUAGCUCCGAUCGUCCGUACUCAGCGGCUCCCAAAGGUAAAGUUGACGAGGACGAGGCUCCGGCGAAGAAAAAACACGAAAUCGCCGGCAGAGGUUUGAUCGAUUUGGUGUUUUCUUGGACGAUAGAAGAUAUCCGCAACAAUCAUCUGUACAAAGGCCAGGUGAAUGAGAUCCCGGACAGAUUCAACUUGACAAAAGAUUACUUGAAGUCAUUUGUUCUUCCUCUUAUUGAGGAAACACAUGCAGACUUGCUCUCAAGCUUGACAUCAGUGUCUGGGGCACCUUCAUUUGAAAUCCGGUCAAUCAAUAUCUCUAAACAUCAUGAGUACCCGAAAAACUUAGCUUAUGAGCUGGUACUAGGAAUGAGAUGCUUUGAGGACAACAAAGCAAUAUAUGAGCCUGAGCCUGGAGAUCUCAUCGCUUUAACAGAUGUAAUGCCAAAAUGCAUUGCUGACUUGGACAGGCCAAACAGUCCUUAUCUCAUUGCAUAUGUCACUGGGGUAGAUCGUUAUAAUCCGAAUCAUCUCUCAAUAUUGUCAUCAAGACCAAUCAUGAUCGAAGAAAACACACAAAAGAACAUGAAAGCCAAUCGUUUUGUUGUUUUCCUAACGAACAUGACUACAAAUAUUCGUAUAUGGAGGGCAUUGAACUCACAUCCAGAAGGAAAGAACAUGAGUCUGAUCAAGAAAGUUCUUCAAAUGCAUCCACCUGAUGCAGAAACUACAUGCUUAUGUGAAGAAACUCAUGGGGCUGAUCUUUAUGAUCUAAGGACUGUAAUCAAAUCUUUCAGUUUAAAUGAUUCUCAAGAAGCUGCAGUUCUGAGUUGUAUGGGGACAAGUAAAUGUUAUCAUCAGAAUACUGUUAAACUUGUUUGGGGUCCUCCAGGGACAGGAAAAACAAAAACGGUUGGUCUAUUGCUGUAUGCUCUUCUUAGAAUGAAGUGCCGGACAGUCACAUGUGCCCCAACUAACACUGCUGUGUUGCAAGUGACAUCACGGCUUAUGAGCUUUCUUACAGCAUCUGCUGAAUAUGGCACUUAUGGACUUGGAGAUAUUGUUUUAUUUGGAAACAGGAAGAGGAUGCAGAUGGAUGAUCAUGAUGACCUUCUUGAUAUAUUUCUUGAUUAUCGUGCUGAAAUGCUUUUUCAGUGUUUGUGUCAGUGGAAUGGUACUUUAAGGUCAAUCAUAGAAUUUCUUGAAGACCCUAUGCGGCAGUACCAUCUGUACUUACAGAGCAAUAAAAGGAGCAACAGCAAGGAAGAUAGGUGCCAAGAAAAUGAUCAUAAAAUUGAAGACAGGGUGAUGAGCAGCAACCAAGAGAAGGAAGAGAAGAACUAUGGUCAGAACUUUGGGGGCAAAAACACAAAGAAAGUCUGGAGGAAAUUGGUCGAUCAGGCCUUAAAAGAAAACAAAACCAAUGUGAAACAGGUAGCUUCCAGAAAAGGAAAGCAUUUAAAGCAUAAAAAGAAGGAAGCACUAGAUGAUACUUCCCAGGAAGAACAAGAUGCGGAAGAUGAGGAUACUCUUACUCUUACUCUUAUUGAGUUUGUCAAGAAGUCAUUCGAUUCCAUUAGCCAGCGGCUGAAGUUUUGUAUUGUAAAUUUGUUCACUCACUUACCAACUCUUUACAUUUCAUUAGAUGAGGUAAAGAAGAUGAGGCAGGCUUUUGAUUUGCUUCUAUUGCUCGAUACUUCCUUAAAUGGUCUACAUAAAAAAUUUAGUAAGUCUGAAGAUCAACACAGAGUUCAUGAUAGCAUUAAGUGGAGUUCCAGAAGAAAAGAUUGCCUGCAGAUACUCAAGUCACUUCCUCAGUCAUUUUUGGUUCCAGAUUUUAAAGAUACAAAUGAAGUAAAGUAUUUUUGCCUGGACAGUGCUUGUCUGCUUUUUUGUACUUCAUCAGGCUCUUCUAAAUUGCAUGUGGCUGGAGAAUUUGAUUUAUUGGUUAUUGAUGAAGCUGCUCAGCUGAAAGAAUGUGAGUCAACAAUCCCCUUACAACUUCCAGGUCUCCGCCAUGCCAUUCUUGUAGGGGAUGAGCUUCAACUGCCUGCAAUGGUUAAAAGCAAGAUUUCUGAGAAGGCUGGCUUUGGAAGAAGUUUGUUUGAAAGGCUGGUCUGUCUGGGACAAAAAAAACACUUGCUCAAUAUCCAAUAUCGGAUGCAUCCAUCUAUAAGCUCAUUUCCAAAUAAGGAAUUCUAUAACAAGCAGAUCUUGGAUGCUCCAACAGUCAAAGAUAGUAGCUAUGCAAAGCGCUUCCUUCACAGAAACAUGUAUGGCUCUUACUCUUUUAUCAAUAUAGCCUGUGGAAAGGAGCAACUUGAUAUUGUCCAUAGCCGAAAAAAUAUGGUUGAAGUUGCUGUAGUAUGUGAGAUAGUUGCAAACCUUUUCAAAGAGUUCACCCGCAAAAAGGAAAAGUUUAGUGUAGGUGUCAUCUCACCCUACAAGGCUCAAGUUUAUGCAAUUGAAGAGAAACUGGGCAAGAAAUAUGCUAGAGGUGCAGAAACUGACUUCUCUGUUCGUGUUCGCUCUAUUGAUGGAUUUCAAGGGGAUGAGGAAGAUCUGAUAAUCAUCUCAACUGUCAGGUGCAAUGGGAAUGGAUCAGUGGGUUUUCUAUCCAAUCUUCAAAGAACAAAUGUGGCACUGACCCGUGCAAGGCAUUGCCUCUGGAUUUUAGGAAAUGAAGCUACACUGCUUAACAGUCACUCUGUUUGGGAGAAAGUAAUCAAUGAUGCCAAGAAGCGGAGGUGCUUCUACAAUGCUGAUGAGGACAAGAGUCUGGCUCAGGCAAUGACCAUUGCCUUGAUCGAGCUUCGACAGUUUGAUAUUCUAAUUAACAUGGAUUCUUUGCUGUUCAAGAACACAAGAUGGAAAGUAUGCUUCAGCAAUGGUUUCUGGGAAUCUGUGGCAACUAUUAAGAACACUGAGAUUCUUAGGCAAUUGCUUACUCUGUUGGAAAAGCUUUCAAGUGGCUGGCGUCUGAUGCCAAAUAAGAAGACCUGCUGUUAUGUCCUGGAUAGCUCUUCUGCAUUUUUGGAGAUAUACCCAGUGAAUGAUCUUUUGAAUCUGCUUUGGACUGUGGACAUCAUUGAGGAAAAUUCACACUAUAUACAAGUUUUGAAGGUCUGGAAUAUUUUGCCAUUACCAGAGGUACCAAAACUUGCGGAGCAUCUAGACAGUCUAUUUGAGAACUAUGCUGUGGAUAAGAUAAACUGCUGCAAGGAAAGAUGCCUGGAGAGGAGCUUGGUCGUUCCAAUUAGAUGGCCAGUUAACUUCGGUAGUGCUACUCAGAGUACUGGCUGUGAAGCUGAUUCUGCACAGUCACUGUCAAAAACAUUUGCAUCACUCAGGAUCACUGAUGAAUCCGGAGCUUCUGCUUCAACUUCGAAGAAAAAGUUGAAGGGAAAAAAGAAGAUUAGAUAAGCUAUUGGAUGGAAGACAAGAUGGUACUUGGCUUAUGGACUAUGAAGGUUAUUGAGUUGUUCCGUCUCAAAAGAACAUGGUGAUUGGUGACAAACAUUUUGAAGACGCAUACAAGCAGCAUCUCAUCUUGUGCUUUUGAACCCUUAAAUAGAGGAAGAUUUACUUUUCUGUUUCAUAUAUACUUUGAUUCUGUAAAACUUUCUUCACGCCUGUUGUAUGUGUGGAAUCUGGUGUUGAAUCCUAUAAAAUCAAAAACAGCUA